AUGCAAACCAGAGAGCCAUCUGUUGAACCAUCUAUUGAGCAGAUGGAGGAACAGCAAUCUAAGGAGCAUCCAGUAAGUGACAACGAAGAGGAACCAGCACAACCCACCAAUGCAGAUGUAACUGUCACCAAAUCACCCAGGAAGGGUAAAAGGACUGCAAAAAGGAAGAGCACUGCUCAGCCCAAGGAAAAGCAAACUAUUGAUCCUUCUGGGGAUCAGCAGAAUGUAGAAAAAACUGCUGAGGAUCAGCAAAAUGAGGAACCACCUACCAGGAAAUCACUAAGGACAAGGAAAGGCAGAUCACAUACUGAUCUCAUUUCUCGUGCCAACUCUGUUAACAUUGAAUUGAAUCCUGACAUUGUUAACUCUGUUUUGGAAACCAAAAUUGAAAGUGAUUUUAAAGGAAUCUGCUUGUACCUCCCAUUCCUCCUGAAAAUGAAAGCACACCGAAAGAAGCCUAGAACUGAGCCAACCACUGAGGCCAUCCCAGAGUACCGUGCCUCCAGUUCUCAACCACAAGACAAGAGAAAAGCUCCAGCAAUUGAAGAAGAAACUGAAGAAGAGGAUGACGAUGAUGAGGAUAAGGACACUGAGGAAGAAGAUCCUGCUUAA